GGUCUUUGUAUCUCUUUGAACUUGCAAUCAAUUUAUAUUUUUUCCACUGAAUUUCUCUAUCUCCUUUUAAAAGAACUAGACCAAAAAUUGUCUUGUCUCUUAUUCAUUGCUACUCAGUUUUGUGAAAAUGUAAUUUUACGUGCCACAGGAAUCAUUCAAAAGGUACCUUCUCACACUCCUGAAUUAGCUCUGCAACAUUCCCUAACUAAAGCAGGCAUAUAGCACUAGUAUGACCCUAUGUGUCUGAACUGUUGGAAGUGGAAAUACAGCCAUUAUGAGCAUCUGGAUAAUAUAACCAUUGCUUGACUGUGCCGUUACUGUAAACAUCUUUAAUCUAUAUGGCUCCCUUCCUUCAGUGAACAAAUGGGAUGUUAGGGCAUUUCCAUAUGUACUAGAUAACUAUAUCAGAUCAUAGCUGGAGUAGAAAUCUUCAUAUUUACAGAAAGUAAUGCAUAGCUCAAAGCACGUGGCCAGCCUUUGAGAAUGAGGAGUAUAUAGAAGAAGUCAUUUAAUUAUAUUUCCAGGUUGUUCUGAAAUGGUAAUUUUAGGGAGUGGGAGAGGUGGCACAAUGGCAUUCCUUUCUGUGAAAACUAGAUAAUUGUAUAUUCUGUUGAGAGAAAGAAAUGAUGCUCAGUCUCAAUGUAGGUGUCUCCUUGAUCCCACACCACACUACCAGUGGUCUGGUCGUUGAAGCUAACUACAAUGCCAAUCAUCAAUAUGAAACUUUACAGGCUUCCAUUCUUACAAAUAUUAAGUUGAUAUACUUUAAUCUUUUUGUUCCGAAAUGUAAAUAAUUAUCAGUUAUUUAAUGCCACAUUUUAUUAACAGACUCUCCUGCUGCUGAAGAAGAUGAAAUGUUUGUUAGUGUAUUUCACACGCAGAUUCAUCCAGAAAAUUAUGGGAAUAAUAGUAGACAAACCAAGCAAGGUGACGAUAAAACAAGAAGCUCAAUAAAGAAAAUGGAAAAUAUGACUAAGAAAAGUGAAACAACCAGUAAAAAAACUGAUUUUGUUAAAAAGAACAUAGAGCUGGCCAAGGAUUCAGUUAACCAAGUAGUUAUGCCAGAGGAAGAUAAGAAGAGGCUGUCAGAAUUGCUGAAAGAUACUGAAGAUGAGAGCAGUGAACUUCAAGUAACUCAGGAAGAAGCAACUACAAUGCUAGCACCAGGUGAAGGUUACACACCUGAGCCAUUGGAAUACCAUCACCUCACUGAAAUCAAUGCCAAACUCAAACUAGUAAUCUCUGAUGGAAAUUUAUCUGCCGAUCAGAACUCCUGUUCAAUAGUCUCUAAACAGAUUUAUCAGGAUUCUUUGGCUUAUGCAAAUAGAAAGCUGGAAACAAUUCCAGGUGAAAAGGUUUUAAGAGACACGAAAGAAGAACGAGAUCAGCAUAACCGGCUUAAGGAGAUUGACCAGCAGCUGAAAAACCUGGAAGGGACUCCAGAUGUACUGCCUUGUCUCUCAGAAGAGCAGCUUAAUGCCCUUCUGGAAGAAUGUAUGCAAACCCCAAGAAGAGCAAACAGUCUUACCUUGCCAAAAUCUCAGGGAUCCUUUCUUGAACGAACAAGUCUCUGUUGCAACACAGCUAAAGACAUCAUUCCAUCAGAUGAUGCCCAAAGUGUGGAAAAGCUGGCAAACUCAGAAAUGAUGGAUGCUCAAGAUAAUGGUACACGUUCAAAGGAAAUGAUGGGAACUUCUGACUGUAAUCUCAGCAGAGCACUGGAUGAAUCUCACCUGUUAGAGAAAAAAGAAAAUGAGAAUCAAGAAAGCCAAGAGGAAGAGAUUGUGCAUGCCAGUAGCUCUGAGGACUACUUCAUGUCAAUAGCCCUUAGCACAGACAGGCUGAAAAAACCUUCUUUUCUUGAUGAACCUUUUUAUUGUAUCAGCAUGAACAAUGAGCCAUCCACAGAGGUCAGCAUUCCUAGCAUACCAUUGAAAACCAGAGGAGAUGAACUGAAAGAUGAAGACAUGACUGAAGAGUAAUAUGCUGCCACCUUCACUGCAUUGAUGAGAUAAAAGCGCCACUUUCUGCUUUAUUGUGCACUUCGUAUCUUCUGGGCACAAAUGCUGUAUAACUGGAUGAGUAUUUUCUAUUUGCCGCACUGCUAUGCCUGGGUUAAGGCUACUGUUGUACAGUAAUGACCCACUGUUGAGGUAAUACCCACCAUAAUGUUUUUGCCACAUACUGAUUAAAUGCUAGAGCAUUCUUUUAGAAGUGUCAUGAUAUAAAAGUACAUACAAACUGCAAAUAGUACACUAGGCUGUUUACUUUCCGAAAUAUGGCCCUAAGACCUCUAGAUGCAGACUACAAUAUUAAUCAGAUUGCCCUAAGUUAUCCAGCUUCGUGUUACUGCAGGUUUGGCUGAUGAUCCAUUGAGAAAUAUAGUCACCCAAAAAUCAACUGAUCACAUUAACUGCUAGCUGAAGAGGGGCAUUUUCUGCAACUUAAAAUGAGUCGCCUGAGACACUCAGCACUUCAGGAAUACUUGCAGUUCAUUGUCACUGUAGUCUGCUAUACACUACUUUGGAGAGAACCCUUUCAUUAAAAAAAUAGUCUAGCAGAAGCACAGGGACAUUAAAAACAGAUUCUUUUAUUGUAAGCAUCCUUUUAGCCAACACUGCCCACAGGGUAACAUGAAAAACAGAUCUAGAUUCCUCCAAUUUUGCCGAGACCACUCAAGCAUCCAAGGUAUGCCCCUGAAGCUAUUAAUCCUACUGCCUUGUACAUGACAUGACUGCACAAGCUUCACCCAUUGCUGCAUUAGAUCUAGCAAAUUAAAUGGGAGGGGUUGGGCUUCCCUCUUAUUUCCAAGCCUUUAAACAGGCAAAGUUUAAUUAGGUUAUAUAUAUUUAUGGUGGGAUAUGCCUUUCAGCUUUUCUGAUAGUGGAGAAAACAACUUUGUGAUGUUAGCAUUCUAUAUAGCUUUAACUUUUGUCCUUAGCAAAGCAUUUUGUGUGUGUUUGUUUAUGUGAAUCUAAAUUCACUGCCCUCUUGGCCUCAGGACAUCUUGUGUCAUGGAUAUACAUUCCUUGCAAACACACCCUUCAUUGUUCAGCACAUGUUCUGCUUUAAUGCUAAAUAUCUGAAACAUGAGAGUGUCAUGGCUGUAGCGCUGUGCAGGUUCCUUUAUCUUAACCAGCCUGUAUUUAAUAAAAUAUAACUGUGAUGAUGCCAGAGAUCUUUUUCCCCAUUUGGUAGUUAUGCUACUAGCUGAUGUGGCUCCAGUACAGAAUGUAUGCUUUCUACAGUGAUUCCAAACAAUAAUGGGUGGUAUUCUACUCAGAGUAGAACCUCUGAAAUUAAUGAACUUAAGCUACUCAUGGUUAUCCAUGUGGCUUUUCUAUUAGUAGAAUAUACUGCAUCUAACAUGACUUACAGAAAUGAUUUGUGCACUUGGAUGCCUCAUGCAUUUUUAAAAAAAGAAAUCAAGGUUUUCCACACAUGUCCCAGUUAUAAACAAUUUUGUAUUCCUCAUUAGGCUGCCAACCGGCAUAUAUUGCAGGGGUGUGUGUGAUAAAUAGCAGAUAUCAAAGAGUUAAUGAAAACUGAAUGUCCAUGUACAUUUAUAGGCCAAAGAAUUAAGCUGACCUGAUCU